AUGAGUUACUCUUCCACUUUAACAUUAAAUGAAAACGUUCAGUUUCAAAAACCCUUAAAAUAUAGAAACAGAGCAAGGAGCUUGAUGCCUCAAAAUAAUAAAAACGGUUCAUCAUGUGAUAACAAAAGUAUGCAUAGUAAUGGAACAAGUUUCAUGGAUAAAAUAAAAAGAAUUUUUUCAAGUAAGUCUAAUCAUUCCAUAGAAAAUAUUCCUAGUACAAAACUUAAAAUAAAUAAAAACCAACAUGAUCAAGGAAAAGAUUGUAGAAAUUUAAAUGAAUUCUCUCCUAUUGCUAAUAAAAACAUAGAAUGGCAGCCGGUUUAUCAUGAAACUUGUAAAAUAAAAUUACCUGUAGAAGAGAGAACUACAAAGGUUUCUUUGCCACAAGAGAUUGUAGAUAAUUGGACCCAUGAUCAAAAAAAUUUGUCUAAAGAGUUAAGUUCAUCUAGGGCAAGUAAUAAACAAGAUGAUGAAAACGUAAACUCCCAAGGUAGUUGUUUUUACAAAAAAAAUAUGUCAUCAAAUUCCUGUACAGAUAAUAAUGAAGAGCCUUAUUCAAAAUUUAAAUAUUACUACAACUAUUAUUUGGUAGAUGAGUAUUUAGAGUCUUUAGUUGAAUCUCAAAAUAAGAAAUUAGAUGCAACUGGGUUAGAUGAAGAAGGGCAACUAUAUGAUAAUGUUAGUUUAAAUAUAAAACCUAUAAUAAUGUCAAAGCAUAGAUUAGAUAAUGGAGUUCCAUAUGAUCCAUCAAAACUAAUGAAUUGA